CCGCCUCCCCUCGCCCCCCGCCGCCGGCAGGGAGGCGGCACUCGGGACGCCCCGCAUGUGUUCUAAUACACCCACGUGACUCCGACUAAGCUGUGGGAAUAGUGACGGUGCAGCUUUGGAGCCAAGACCUGGAAAGCGUCCUGAAAAAAGCAAGGAGCCGCAUCCUGGUUCUGCUGCGGUAAACUUGCACUGACUUCUGUAGGGCCAGGAUUUCACCUUGGAUGUGACCGUGAAUAAUGGAAAUGACAACAGGCAGUAUAUACACAUGAUGGAGUCGCUGCUGUAUACAGUCACCGGAGAGCGGCACCAGGGAGAAAAGAUGGAGUGGAGGCCGGGGAAGACAACCCACGCCCGGAGGAACCUCUUUGGCCCCGUAGACCACGAGCAGCUGCGGCAGGACUUCCAGCAUAUGCUGCGCAACAGCGUCGAGGGGGCCCAGCAGAAGUGGAACUUCGAUUUCCUCCAGGACACACCGGCGGAGGGGCUCCUGGAGUGGGAAGAGCUCAAAGGCCACGAGGUGCCCACCUUCUACCACAGCUGCGUGGUGGGAGAUGCUCGGAGACCACUGCAACACUUGAACUGGCCCCUGGGCAGGGAGGACAAGAGUCACCACUUUGCCCAGGUGGCACUGACUGAGAAACCCAAAACUCCCAAGAAAACAAGGGGCAAGAGGAUCUCGGAAGGGAAGAAAAGAAGACAGACAUCUUUGACAGAUAACUACUCGGCAAAGAAGCAAGUCAAAACGAAUAUGCAAGCUGCUGCAAAGAAGUCAACUUCUUGAAAGCAAGGAGAGGAUUGCUCUGCUCUGGAGAGGUUGAAAACAUCUGCCAAGCUUCCUCAACCUUCAAAAACUGGGUGUGCAGGCUGCGGACACUUAGGGACAUCCCACAGAGAUGUAUUCCUGACAGUAGCAGUGAAAAGAGAAAAUACUUUCAUUGGGAUGGGGUCAGGCCAAAUCAACUGGAAUCACUUUGAUGAGAAAUUACUGGCCUUAAAAACCACUGGUAAGCAAGUUUGGACACUACAGAAAUUGGCUAAGGCUAGCAGUUUAACAUGCAUUGAAAAUCACUGUACGUGAAGUGGUAAACAGUUAAAAGAACUGUAUAACGUGCUUGGACAAGUCACUGUAGAGUUGGGGCCUUUCAUAUUGCCACGUCUUUACGUACCUUCUUUUUUGGUUUUAGCAGGGACAGCUUACUAAGUUUCACCAUCUCAGCUUUACAGGUCUGACACACUAAAAACAAUUCCCAACCC